UCCACCCAACGGUAUGUAUACUCAAAACAGGGCGCCAAAAAACUACAAAACAAUGGGUUCAUUUUCUUCAAACUUCCUUCGUUUGCUCUCUCAAACAAAACUCUUAACAUCUCAUGUCAAUAAAGGCCAACACAAACAAGCCCUUUCUCUAUUCCACCAAAUCCAUUCAACCCUUUCCCUUUCUCUCGACCCUUUCGUAUUCCCUCUCGCACUCAAAUCAUGCGCCGCGCUGAAUUCCCCUCAGCUCGGCGCAACCAUUCACGCUUACACAUACAAAGCAGCCUUUGCAUCCAAUCCGUUUGUCGCUUGCGCUUUAGUCGACAUGUACGGGAAAUGCGUGUCCCUCACGUAUGCCCGCCAACUGUUCGAUGAAACGCCUGAACGAAAUGUUGUCGUUUGGAACGCGAUGAUUUCGCUCUACGCGCGUGAGAAUGAUAUCGGGAGCGCGUUGGAGUUGUUUCGGGCGAUGAAUGUUGCGGUGGCGCCUAAUUCGUCCACGUUUAACGCGAUUAUCGCGGGGUUGGCGGAGACGGAGGACGGGUUUUCUAAGGCCGUUUCGUGUUACCGAGAGAUGGGGAAGAUGGGUUUGAGGCCGAAUUUGAUUACCGUUCUUGCAUUGUUACGCGCUUGUAUUGGUAAGGCGGAUUUGAAUUUGAUCGAACAGAUUCACGGGUAUUCGAUAAGGAACGAUAUCGAUCCGGACCCGCAAUUGAGGAGCGGGUUAAUCGAGGCGUACGGGCGUUGCGGGUGUCUUGAAAAAGCCCAUCAGGUGUUUGUUAGUAUGAGGGAAAGGGAUGUAGUUGCUUGGAGUAGUUUGAUCUCGGUUUACGCGCUACACGGGCAGGCGGGACCAGCGCUUGAAGUUUUUAAACAAAUGGAAAAGGCCAAUGUUAAGCCUGAUGGAAUUACUUUUCUUGGGGUUUUGAAAGCUUGUAGUCAUGCUGGACUAGCUGAUGAAGCACAAAUGUAUUUUUCUCGUAUGCGAGUUCGAUAUGGUGUUGAAGCGAACAGCGAUCACUACGCGUGUUUGAUCGAUGUGUUGAGUAGGGCGGGGAGAUUGCAUCAGGCGUAUGACGUUAUUAGGAAAAUGCCGGUGAAAGUGACUGCGAAAGCUUGGGGAGCAUUACUUGCUUCUUGUCGAACUUAUGGAGAAGUCGAGCUGGCAGAAAUAGCUGGACGAGCAUUGUUUGAAGUAGAGCCUGAGAAUGCUGCUAAUUUUGUGAUACUGGCAAGAAUUUAUGCUAGUAAUGGGCGAUUUGAGGAAGCGGAAAGACUUAGAAGAGAGAUGAUCAAGAGGGGCAUGAAAUCAGCUCCUGGUAGCAGUUGGGUAGUACAUCAAGAUUGAGUUUCCUAUUAUUUACUUUGGCUGGUUCAGUUAACAAUUCACUGAAAUUUGGGGUGUGUUUGGUACAGACAUUUUCCAAAUUUUUUCAUAUUAGGUUGGUCAAAAUGUUUUGGAGAACGUUUUCUUUUAGAAAAUAGGUUCUUUAAAAAUGAGGAAAAUUACUUUCCUAAUGGAAGUAGGGACAACAAGUUUCAUAAGUGACAUUCCUUCUUCAUUAUCUCUUCCACACCCACCCAAUGUCCCCAACCCUCACCCC